AAAUAUGGUAUUUUGAGAAGCAGAAAUUGGAGAAACUUAACGGCAGAAGCCAAUGUGGGUGCCUUUGAAGAGGAGAGAGCAUAAGAUGUCUCCCACCGUUGAAAACGGGGGGGAGGGGGAGAAGGGGAUAUAGAGAGGGAGAGAGAGAAUAAAUAGCAGCUGAAUUCAGUUGGGUUUUGGGAGAGUUGAAAGUGUUACUUCAUUGCUCUCUUAUUUUCUUUUAGCAUUUAUAACAACUUCUCCUCCACUACUCUCUCUUCUUUCAUUCUCACCUACUCUCUCUCUCAACAAUUCUCAGUCAGACAGGACCAAAAAAAAAAAAAGAAAAGAUAAGAGAGAGAGAGGAUAGAAUAUCCCUGAACUCUCGAUUCAUCUUCAUCAGCUGCAUAUCAAAAUGCUACUGCCCUCACUUUUCCCAGACAAUCUCUUGAUUUUUCUUUCAUUUUUUUGUUGCUAAUUCCUCCAAGGGGCAAAGGCCAAAGCUUUCUGCAAUAUGGGGAACCGUUUGAUUUGCAUUACUAAAAAGGAUGCCAAAGAUACUCAUGGAUCGAGAAGCAAGAGGUUGGGUAGGUCUCAGAGAAAAUCGUUGGCAGAGGAAGAGUUCCUCCAUAGGCAAGCUCUCUCUAUGGCACUUCAUCAACACCAAUUGUCUCAGAGAUUUGAUGGAUCCAUGUCCAGAAGGAUUGGCUCCAUCAGCUCUCGAAGACGAAAUCUAUCUGAUCCCUUCUCUAACGGAAAACAGGUGCCAGACUUUCUGGAGAAUUUCAAGUUAAAAAAGUUCAUUCUCAUACAUGGAGAAGGAUUUGGAGCUUGGUGUUGGUACAAAACUAUUGCUCUGUUGGAAGAAGCAGGAUUGCUUCCCACUGCCAUAGAUCUAAUAGGAUCUGGUAUUGAUCUGACGGAUACAGACAGUGUCGCAUCAUUGGCAGACUACUCAAAACCUUUAAUUGAUUAUUUGGAAAGCGUUCCUGAGGAUGAAAAGGUUAUUUUGAUUGGUCAUAGUACUGGAGGUGCAUGUGUCUCUUAUGCCCUGGAGCAUUUUCCACACAAGAUCUCAAAAGCUAUAUUUAUCUGUGCCACAAUGGUGUCUGAUGGUCAGAGGCCUUUCGAUGUGUUUGCUGAAGAGCUUGGAUCUGCUGAACGUUUCAUGCAAGAAUCAGAGUUUUUGAUAUAUGGGAAUGGUAAAGACAACCCUCCUACAGGAUUUAUGUUUAAGAAACAGCAGAUGAAAGGUUUAUAUUUCAAUCAAUCACCAACAAAGGAUGUUGCUUUGGCAAUGGUUUGUAUGAGACCCAUCCCAUUGGGUCCUAUAAUGGAGAAGCUGUCAUUGUCCUUUGAGAAAUAUGGAACUAGUAGGCGGUUCUUCAUUCAAACAUUGGAUGAUCAUGCACUUUCACCAGAUGUCCAAGAAAAGCUAGUGAGAGAAAAUCCACCAGAAGGAUUCUUCAAGAUUAAAGGAAGUGACCACUGUCCUUUCUUUUCAAAACCACAAUCUCUCCACAAAAUAUUGCUGGAAAUUGCUCAGAUUCCAUAGAUUGUUUAUUUUGGGAAAUGGAGAACAAGUUUCUGUGAGUCUUUUAUUGGUUUAACAUACAUAGCUUUUACAAUGUGAUAAGCGAUUAUUAAUUGUCGAACAAUGGAUGAAUUUUUCUACUGUUAAUGAUUUCUUAAGUCUUA